CCUCACCAAUCUUGAAACAUGCUGCAACUCCCAGUCGAGCUCCGACGACAAUGCCUCGAUUAUCUCAAGGACGAUACGAAAGCUCUGAGGGCCGUUCGCCUCGCACAUAGUCAGCUCAGAUCACUAGCAACCGAGAUCCUCUUUCGUACGGCAACCCUCAAUCACACGGAUGAGAGCGCAGAGAAGUUGACAUGUCUCGUGCAAUCCCCACUACACUCCAUGGUUCGAUGCGUCGUCAUCAACACAUCAACUAAUCCUAAAAUCAUGGACGAAGACGACGAAGACGACGAUGAUGCUAAUAUUCUCAAGUCGUUUGGGAAGGCGAUCGCGAUCGUCUGCAUUUUGGAAAAUUUGGAAGAGGUGGUACUGAAUUUUGAAAGAGAAUGCACUGCCCCAGAAAGCGAUUCAUGUUGGGAUAACGACGUUAAGCAAGACGCCGAUUUCCGCAACGAAGUUUGGGGGCUCUUGCUGACGGCUGUGCGGCAAGUUGAGGUGAAGAGUCUGGUCAUCAAUAAUCUGCAAGACUAUAUGGACAAGGCCGUAUUUGAGUCGGAAGAUUUCAAAGCCGUGCGCGACCGUGUGACGCAGCUACAUUUGCGGAUAACGACGGAAAGCGAGGAAGCAUCACCCGCGUCUGACAUCGAUUUCCCAGCGCUUCAUGAGGGAUUCGGAAGGGAUCUUCCGAAUAUUUGGCUCCGGCCUUUGACAAACCAACUUACCCAUCUAACAUUGUACGGCAACGAUUAUUGGGGACUAUGGCCUUUUGUCGAUCUCCGCAAAGUACCGCCAUUUCCAUGCUUGAAGUCCCUGAGUUUAGGAAACUUUACUAUUGCACAUGACUGGCAGAUCGAUUGGAUCCUUGCGCAUGCCUCGACACUUCAAGAGCUCCUGUUGGACGAUUGCCCCAUCAUCGUCGCUCUCAGUUUUGAGCAGGAUGCAGCUCACACGAUCUUUCCCGAUCUGCCUCCCCUAAAAGACGUCUCCCCACACAUCACCAAUGAUCCUGAAAGCUACUUCAAAAUCGUUGAUCUCCGUUGGCACCACGUUCUCGACCGCUUUUGUGCUCACCUUCCGAAGCUCCAGCACUUUGCGAUAGGGAGUGGUGAUUGGAAUACGGAAAGGGCUUUUGAGGAGCGCUAUGAGCUCAUUACCAAAUCAUCGGGACUCGAUUACCUUGUAUUCGACUACGGUACUGGUCCAAGUUCGUGGCAGGGCCUAAACGAUGAAUGGUCUUUUUAUGUGGGAGGAACCGAGCAUUAUGAGUUCAAGUUUCUGCGGUACGAUGAGGAGGGUGAAAGAGCUUUGGCAAAUUUGUUAGAGGCUGUAAAGGUGAGAGCGAUCGCAAGGGCCUAGUAAAAUUGUGAGGACUUGAUAUAGCUCGAAGAUUGGGGUGGGUGCUGCGGUGGCAAACACUGUACAUGGACUGAGUGUGGCCGAGAGUCCUUAUUCACAUCGAACCAGAAAAGCUGUUAUUAUUAAGUUUUCCCUUGCUGAUAGUGAUAAUGUGGUCCGAAUGUUGGUAUAAGACUUUCCUGCGCGCGAUAUCUACA